AUGUCCUACUACUACGAGCAGUGCAAGCAGCCCUGCCUGCCCCCUCCCAUCUGCGUGCAGAAGUGCGCCAAGUGCGUGGAGCCCUGCAAGACGGUGUGCGCCGAGCCGUGCCCCGCGCAGUGCGUGGAGGUCUGCCAGGCCCCCUGCGCCACGCAGUGCGUGGAGCCCUGUGCCACCCAGUGCACCACCUCCUGUGCCACCCAGUGCGUGGAGGUCUGCGCCCCGCAGUGUGUGGAUGUCUGCGCCCAGUCCUCCUGCGCCCCGCAGUGCGUCGAUGUCUGCGCCCAGUCCUGCGCCCCGCAGUGCGUCGACGUCUGCGCCCCGCAGUGCCCGGCCCAGUGCGCCCAGCCCUGCGCCCCGCAGUGCUCCACCAAGUGCCUGGAGACCUGCCAGGCCCCCUGCGUGGAGACCUGCACCACCAAGUGCGUCGAGUCGUGCGACACGGUGUGCCUGGAGCCCGUCUGCUCCCGCCCGUGCUGA